AUUCUGUUUGAUCCCUUCCGGUCUCCGUACAUUUCUAUGUUAUGACGUCAUCUGUUCGGACGAGCGAGAGAAAGAGAGAGAAGCGUUGAACUUGCUAGGAAACUUGAUGAAACAUUGUUUCUCCCUCAACUUUCAGCUGGAUUUUCCUCUGUGGGUCUUACACAUGGAUCAGAAAAGGAGCAUCACUGGUAUGCGGCGUGUAAACUUCAGACUUUUCUGUACCAGCAUGUGAGCUUGAACAAAUAUCAUUAAAUCAGAACAGGGAGGUCAUGGACGAACGAGAAGAUGUGACGGAGUGCGCGUGCACGGGCUGUGGCGGGAGGAUUCAGGACGCGUUUCAUGUGAAGGUUCUUCAAGAUGCCUGGCACAACUCAUGCUUUCAGUGUUCUGUGUGCUUUGAUCUCCUGACAAACUGGUACUUUGAGAAAGAGGGGAGGCUGUACUGUCACAAACACUACUGCGAGAAGUUUGGGGAGUUAUGCCAUGGCUGCUCGCUGCUUAUGACGGGACCUGCUAUGGUGGCAGGAGACUAUAAAUAUCACCCUGAAUGCUUCGUGUGUUUGAGCUGCAGGGUGGUGAUUGAGGAUCAGGAUACCUAUGCCUUAGUGGAACGUACCAAACUUUACUGUGGUAAAUGCUACAAGCAGGAGGUUCUGACACCGAUGUUGGAGAAGCGUGGUUUGGCCGACUCUCCAACAGACCUGCUCCCUCACACAGUAACUCUGGUAUCCAUGCCUUCUGCCACCAAUGGAAAAAGGGGCUUCUCUGUCAGCGUGAUUAGAGACUGCACCAGUGCCACUGCCAGUGUCCAGGUCAAAGAGGUCAGAGGGAUGCAUAUAAGUCCAGAGGUUCGUAACGCCAUCCAUGUUGGGGACCGAAUCCUGGAGAUCAAUGGACUCCCGGUGACCGCUUUGAUGGAGGAGGAGGUGGAGGACCUCAUUCAUAGGACCAGUCAGACACUGCAGCUGUUGAUGGAAUAUGAUCCAGUCAGACAGCGUCUGGACAAACUCCGCCUGGGCUCUUCCCACAAUCAGCUGGGUGUCCCCGCGGCCUCCCGCAUGCGUCUGUCCUCAGAUGCUGAGAUUGAGCGGAGUGACACAGUGGACAAUAGGACGUUAAAGAGGAGGACCCUCAGACGUAGCAACAGCACCUGCAAGUCUCCAGUCUCUUCAUCUCCUAAGGACCCUCCAGUUCUGACUCGAGAUAUUGGGCGCUCUGAAUCCCUCCGCUCUCCUUCCAGCUGGUCCCACCGUAUCUUCCGUCCCUGUGACCUCAUUCAUGGAGAAAUCCUUGGAAAAGGCUUCUUUGGACAGGCCAUCAAGGUGACCCAUAAAGCCACAGGUGAGGUUAUGGUCAUGAAGGAGCUGAUCCGCUGUGAUGAAGAGACACAGAAAACGUUCCUAAAGGAGGUAAAAGUGAUGAGAAGUCUUGAUCACCCACACGUUUUGAAGUUCAUUGGGGUUUUGUACAAGGACAAGCGGCUUAAUCUGAUAACAGAGUUCAUUGAGGGAGGCACUCUGAAGGAUUUUAUCCGUGACAAGGACUCAUUCCCAUGGGAACAGAGAGUUAGUUUUGCAAAGAGCAUUGCAUCUGGAAUGGCAUAUCUGCAUUCAAUGAGCAUCAUACAUCGAGACCUAAACUCUCACAACUGCCUGGUCAAACUGGACAACACCGUUGUGGUGGCAGAUUUCGGUCUGUCUCGUCUAAUCAUGGAGGACAAGGUCAAGCAGCCACCCCCCGACAAACCAACCAAUAAGAAAAGGCUGUUUAGACGCAUUGACCGUAAGAAACGCUACACUGUGGUGGGGAACCCUUACUGGAUGGCCCCAGAAAUGCUCAAUGGUAAACGCUAUGAUGAGAAGGUGGAUAUUUUCUCCUUUGGCAUUGUGCUUUGUGAGAUUAUUGGUCAGGUUUAUGCAGAUCCCGAGUGUCUUCCGAGAACGCUGGAUUUUGGGCUCAAUGUGCGAAAAUUCAUCGAGAAAUUUCUACCUGAGCACUGUCCUCCAGCUUUCUUUGCAUUGGCUGUGGCUUGUUGUGACCUCGCCCCUGACAACCGGCCUGCUUUUCAGAAGUUGGAGGACUGCUUUGAGGCAUUGACUCUCAAUCAAGAGUUGAAUAUCCCUCUGCCUGCUGAACUGGAUGAACUUCAGCAGGAGUUUUUAAGGACUUAUGGACCCAGUGAAAUUGCCUCUGAAACCCAGGAAAACAACAGGAACUAAUCCAAUGGCAGCAAAGGCUGAGAUAUGGGCUGGAUAUAUAAAACUAUUUUUUAUUUUAUUUUUUAUUUUUUAUAGAGUUUACAGAACUGAAUCAGAGCAUUUACCUUGGGUUGGAUACUGGGUACAUGCUCAUGUGUUCUUUGGAGAGAUCUGUCACGACAUGCAGAACUUUGAGGGCAUUCUAGAACUGCAAAGGGUUCUAAGCAGAGUUCUGUUGAGGGAGCAGAUACAUUUCAGUGACCAUGAGCUUCUUGUUGCUUCUGUCUAAUUUGGGUGGCUUAGGCCCUGUUAUGAUUUAACCAUGUAGCUCAAACCUUUAAGCCUACCACUAGUUAAAUUAUCAUAGAUCUCCCUGAUGAAGUUUUUCAUUAAUGUGAGAUUGAUGAAAAAU